AUGAUUUUUACAAAUGGACAAUUCCCCGGUCCCAGUCUUAUGUUUGACGAGGACGACGACGUCGAAAUUACAGUGUACAAUGAUAUGAAUCGCAAUGCAACAGUUCACUGGCAUGGCCUUGCCCAAGAAGGUACACCCUGGGCGGACGGGGUGAUGGGACUUUCACAAAAGCCCAUUUUGCCAGGCCAGUCCUUUGUGUACAAGUUCAAAGCCUCGCCUGCCGGGACGCAUUGGUACCAUUCUCAUGAGCGCAUGUCCCUCAUCGACGGCCUCCAUGGCGCGAUUUUUAUAAGGCAAGAACCGAAGAACAACAUGAGAGAACUAUGGUCUAAAAUCAGCCAAGAUCCGGAGGAUAUCGAAGCCAUGGAUAAGGCCGCAGCUAACCCAAAGCUAAUGGUGUUGUCCGACUGGAGCCGCUUCACAUCUGAUGAAUACUGGGAAGUGAUUCAAGAGUCUAAAAUAUUGAUCUUCUGCGUCGACAGUAUUUUAUUGAAUGGCCAUGGCGAGCUGUACUGCCCUCCUCACGAGUUCCUCAUUAGCCAAACACAGCCGAUGCCACAGAAGUUCACCUUCCCGGACUACAACGUAACGGACAAAGGAUGCUUCCCCAUAAAGGCGGAGGGGAUCCAAGGUCCGUGGCUCAACGUGAGCCAUCCCGACAAAAUACCAAAUCAUAUACAGUGGGGCUGCGUCCCUUCCAAAGGUUCAAACUACACGGUUGAAGUAGAUGCCGCGGACCACUGGGUCAGCAUGAACUUCAUUGCGGCGGCGGCAAAUAAGCAGGUCCAUUUCUCAAUCGACGAACAUCCCAUGUGGAUUUACGAAGUCGACGGCAACUACGUCGAGCCUAGGCAGUUCGUAGCAGCAGCUAUUACCGCUGGCGAGCGCUACUCCGUCCUGGUCAAGCUGGACAAGCCCCCCGGCCGCUACACUAUUCGGCUGCCGGACUCUGGGGCGACGCAGGUCAUCUCGGGCUUUGCCAACAUGGUUUACAAGGGAGCAGAAGAUGUCGUGCCAGACACCCGUCCCUACGUAACCUACGGGGGGCUGAAUGCGCGCGAGGAGACGGCGACGCAAAGCUACACGCCGUAUAAUGUCUCCUCGGACAAUAUGCCGCCUUGGCCGGCGAAUACCCCGGCGGCCGCGGCCGAUGAGGAGUUUCUUCUCGUCAUGGGCCGGGCCGGAGCACCGCAUCUUUACACCAUGAACACCAAGUACAUGUACCCGGUAGACUUCAAAGCCGACCACCCGUUGCUUUUCUAUCCUAAUCAAACCCUGGGAACUGAAGACGAGAAUCUCGUCGUGCGUACCAGAAACGGCUCUUGGGUAGAUUUGAUUCUUCAGGUUGCUGUUUUGCCAGGCGACGGUGUGGCAUUUGAGCACAUCAUGCACAAGCACGGCAGCAAGACUUGGAGAAUAGGUAACGGAGCAGGGAGGUGGAAUUACAGCAGUGUUGCCGAGGCGAUGAAGGCCGAGCCGGAGAGCUUCAACCUCAGGGAUCCGGGACACCGGGAUACCUGGAUGACCAUGUUCUCACCUGUUCCGGCCGGUGGGUAUUGGAGCGUCUUUCGCUAUCAGGUCACAAAUCCGGGGCCUUGGCUCUUCCACUGCCACUUUGAGCUGCACGCCAUGGGUGGCAUGUCCAUUGCGCUGCUAGACGGAGUCGAUGCCUGGCCAGAGGUGCCAGCCGAGUACGCAAUAGAGGAGAUCCGUCCUCACACGUUGACACCAACCACGGCGCAGAAGCCCUUGUUUGUCAAGGUAUGGAAUUAUGUCAAGGAACUGCUCGGACUUCUGCCUGCUUCGGAUGAAUUGCGGCGUUAA